CCAUCUAUUAUAGCUAUCUCAUAUUGCAACCUCGUUACUUGUCUUGAUACAUAAAUAUGACGCGUUUCCGCCCCUGCAUAGACCUACAUGCCGGCCAAGUGAAGCAGAUCAUCGGGGGAACUCUAGACAGUGCGACGUCAGAGCUCAAGACAAAUUAUGUCUCCUUACAACCCGCCGGCCACUUCGCCCGGCUAUACAAGGACAACGACCUCGUAGGCGCGCAUGUCAUUAUGUUGGGACCGAAAAAUGACGAUGCGGCUGCGGACGCUGUAUCUGCGUGGCCAGGAGGACUUCAACUCGGGGGCGGCAUCAAUGACUCGAAUGCAAAGCUGUGGAUUGACAAAGGGGCUGAGAAGGUCAUAAUCACAUCCUACCUCUUCCCCUCAGGCAAGUUCAGCCAAGAACGCCUGGACACCGUCCUUGAAGCCCUAGACGGCGACAAGAACAAGCUUGUCAUCGACCUCAGCUGCCGCCGGCAGGGCGAAGACAAGUGGUUCGUCGCCAUGAAUAAGUGGCAAACCUUGACGGAUAUGGAGGUGAAUCAAGACUCCAUCAAACGGCUCGAGCCGUACUGCUCCGAGUUCUUGAUCCACGCAGCCGACAAUGAAGGGUUACAAAAGGGCAUUGACGAGAAACUGGUCACAAAGCUGGCCGAAUGGUGCAGUAUACCCGUGACUUACGCGGGCGGUGGCCGCCACCUCGUAGAUCUAGAGUUGGUCAAGACUCUAAGCCACGGUAAGGUUGAUUUAACGAUUGGCAGUGCAUUGGACUGCUUUGGAGGCAGCGGAGUGAAGUUUGACGAUUGUGUCGAGUGGAAUAAGAAACAACCAGCGGUGGAUUCGUAGCAUCACAAGAGACGACAAGAGUGCUUCCGUUACCCGAGUGUUGAAGUUGGGGUUAAAUGGUGCUCACCACGAUAAGGGACAAAAAGAAUGCGACACCCGUAGAGCCCCUGGAUAUUUUCAAUGCUCGCCCAA